AUGAGUUUUCGGCCACUUCUAACUGGGAUUGGUAGUUUUGGUUUGGGAGGCUGUGUGAUUGCUACUUUUUGGCGUAAUCCGUUUGGUCAUGGUAGUGGUGAUAAAGGUGGAACUAUAACCGAUGGCGCUGAAAGCUCCAGACCUCCUGUUAAAAGCAGCGGAGGUCAUAACGGAUCUAUUUCAGAACAAAGCUCAAAUAUAAAUCCAAGUGGAUUUUUCAAAUAUGGUUUCCCUGGGCCAAUUCAUGAUCUUAGAAACAGAGAAGAAUUCGUUUCGUGCUACGACCGUCAAAAUCGUAUUCCAUAUUGGGUGGUGGAACACAUUACACCUGAAUCGCUCAAAAACAAAUCUGGAGAUCGCAAAAACUCAUUUUUCAGGGAAGAUGAGGUUGUGCCAGAAACUUUCAGAUCACGUCUUAAGGAUUACUUCCGUUCUGGUUAUGACAGAGGGCAUUUGGCACCAGCAGCCAAUGCUAAAUUUUCACAGCAGGCUAUGGACGAAACCUUUUAUUUGACAAACAUUUGCCCGCAAGUUGGUGAAGGAUUCAAUAGAGAUUAUUGGGCUCAUUUGGAGUAUUUUUGUCGACAGCUUACAGAGAAAUACCAAAGCGUCAGGAUUGUCACUGGUCCUCUUUUUUUGCCCAGAAAAGAUCCGGUUGACGGUAAAAUGAAAAUUACCUAUGAAGUAAUUGGGAAUCCCCCAACGGUUGCUGUACCUACGCAUUUUUACAAACUGAUUGUUGCUGAAAAUGCAACAUCCAAUCCAAACAGCGAUGUGGUUGCUGUUGGUGCAUUCGUAUUGCCUAACGACAAAAUAUCCAACGAAACUAAGCUAACGGAUUUUGAAGUCCCUGUGGACGCGAUUAGCAGAAGUACUGGACUGCAACUUCUACAAAAUCUCCCAGAUAACAAACGUGUUGAGCUUUGCAAACAAGUGGAAUGCCGUAUUGUCGUGAGAGAAUUCAACAAAGCUAUUGCGGAACCUAAAAAGCUGCCUGCGCUUCCUGCUCCUCGUAAACCCACAUAA